CCAAGGCUCAAAUUUUGCUCUUCAUUCAUACCGAAGGAAAAGAGAAUUUUGAGUUCUUGCAAAAAGGGGAAAACACUAGAUUAAUACGGCGAAGAAGAUGGACGCCAGUUUGGAAGCAACUUCUUUUGGUAUUCCAGAGUACAUUUUGAGCUCAAGUGGGCAGAGAAUGCCGCUUUUGGGCUUUGGCACCGCAGCCUACCCACCUGUAGCCCCAGAAGUUACAAAGCGGGCAAUUCUCCAAGCAAUUGAGCUUGGUUAUAGGCACUUUGAUACGGCUUCUUUAUACGGAACAGAGCAACCCCUUGGAGAAGCAAUCAUCGAAGCAAUUUCGCUUGGCUUGAUUAAAUCUCGAGACGAACUCUUCAUCGCUUCCAAGCUGUGGUGCAGCGAUGCUCAUGGAGAACUUGUUCUACCUGCCCUUCGGAGGAGCUUGCAAAAUCUCAAGUUAGAGUACCUCGAUCUCUAUAUUAUUCACUGGCCUUUGAGCUUAAAACCAGGAAUUUACGAAUUCUCAAUAAAGAAGGAAGACCUCCUCCCCAUGGAUUUUGGUUCCGUAUGGGCAGCCUUGGAAGAGUGCCAGAGGCUCGGCCUUACAAAGUCUAUUGGUGUCAGCAAUUUUUCCAGCAAAAAGUUAGCAGACAUCCUUGCCUUUGCGAAGAUCCCCCCAGCAGUUAACCAGGUGGAACUGAACCCACUGUGGAAUCAGAAGAAGCUUAGAGAGUUUUCCAAUGCAAAUGGAAUCCUGUUGACAGCUUACUCUCCGCUGGGAGCCACAGGGACCGUUUGGGGAAGCAGCAGAGUUCUGGAGAAUCAGGUGCUGAAGGAAAUUGCCACGGUAAAAGGGAAGACCAUUGCUCAGAUAUGUCUGAGAUGGGCAUAUGAACAAGGUGUGAGUAUGAUAGUGAAGAGCUUCAACGGUGAGAGGAUGAAGCAAAACCUCGAUAUAUUCAGUUGGUCAUUGAGCGAGGACGAGCUGCAGAGGAUCAAUGACAUCCCACAAAGCAGGGCCAGCAAUGGUGAAAUUUUUACCUCCGAAUAUGGACCUUUCAAGACAAUUGAGGAGCUUUGGGAUGGAGAAAUUUGAUUUGUAAUAUUAUUUCGGCUGCUACGAAAUUUGUUUCUCCAAAUAUUUCCUUUGCUCUUUGCUGCCAGUAUGAUGAACACUUAUUUCUAGUGCUUCACGGUUCUCUAGCAGAAUCAGAUAGUAGAAAACAUUUAAAAUUGUUCAGGGUUUAGAAAGAUGAAAAAGCAGGCCUACAUAUAAAAUAUGGCUGGCAUCUUACUGCUGUAUAAUAGAAUAAGGAUUUGAUACUUAUCAUAUUUGCCAA